AGUGAAAGGAGAGCCUGUGAGUUCUGUCUGAAACUUUUCCUCACUGCUCAGCUUUGCUGUGUUCACGCAUGUGUGUGUGUGUGUGUGUGUGUGUGUGUGUGUGUGUGUGCUUGUGCAUGUGUAUUAAUGCGUGUGUGUGAAGAAGGAGACUGAGACUAAGACUCUUGGAGAAGGUGGGCUGGGGAGGAGGAGAGAUCCUGAGAGAGAGAGAGAGAGACAGAGAGACAGAGAGAGAGAGAGAGAGAGAGAGAGAGAGAGAGAGAGAGAGAGAGAGAGACUGCUUUAUAGCUGUUAAGACUGCAGACAGAAAUAGCAGGCAACCACUGUGAGCUGUAUCUGACUCAGAAACCAAGACCAAAUUUUACUCACUUUCGCUAAUCAGUUGAUCAGAAGAAGGAAAUGACAUCUGGUUCUGUCUUCUUCUACAUCUUAAUGAUUGGAGAGUAUUUCUCCCAUGGGCACACGCAGGAGGUCAAGUGUCCCCUGGGCUUCUUCCCCUGUGGGAAUAUCAGCAAGUGCCUGCCUCAGCAGCUGCACUGCAAUGGAGCAGAUGACUGCGGGAACCAGGCAGACGAGGAGAACUGUGGAGACAACAAUGGAUGGUCUCUGCAACUUGACAAAUAUUUUGCCAACUCUGCCCAAAUGACUUUCCCAUUUCCCUUUGAUGCAGGUUGCUUGGUUGGUUCUGUGCCCGGGCAUUGUGCGUGCCAAGGUCUAGCCCUUGACUGUGAUGAAGCCAGUUUACGAGCUGUCCCGUCGGUGUCUGCCAACGUGACUGUGAUGUCACUUCAGUGGAACUUCAUAAGAAAACUCCCUCCCAACGUCUUCAAGAAGUACCAUGAUCUUAAGAAGCUGUACCUGCAAAACAACCAGAUUCGAGCUGUAUCCACCUACGCUUUCAGAGGACUGUACAACCUUAAUAAACUGUAUCUCAGUCAUAACAGAAUAAACUUCCUGAAGCCAGGUGUUUUUGAAGAUCUCCGCAGACUCGAAUGGCUGAUAAUUGAAGAUAAUCACCUCAGUCGAAUUUCCCCACUAACGUUUUAUGGCCUAAAUUCUCUUAUUCUCUUGGUACUGAUGAACAAUGUCCUCACCCAUCUGCCCGAUAAACCUUUCUGUCAGCACAUGCCAAGACUCCAGUGGCUGGACUUUGAAGGCAACCGUAUCCAUAAUCUAAGAAAUUUGACUUUUAUUUCCUGCAGUAAUUUGACGGUUUUGGUACUGAGAAAAAACAAAAUCAACCAAUUGAAUGAAAAUACUUUUUCACAUCUCCAGAAACUAGAUGAAUUGGAUUUAGGAAGCAACAAGAUUGAGAAUCUUCCACAACAUAUAUUUAAGAAUCUGAGGGAGCUGUCGCAAUUGAAUAUUUCCUUCAAUCCAAUCCAGAAAAUUCAAGCAAAUCAAUUUGAUUAUCUCAUCAAGCUCAAGUCUCUCCUAGAAGGACUUGAAAUUCCGAAUAUCCAGCAAAAGAUGUUUAACCGUCUUGGGAAUCUCUCUCACAUCUAUUUUAAGAAAUUCCAGUACUGUGGCUAUGCACCGCACGUUCGCAGCUGCAAACCCAACACCGACGGCCUCUCCUCUCUCGAGAACCUCCUGGCCAGCAUCAUUCAGAGAGUGUUCGUGUGGGUUGUGUCCGCGGUUACCUGCUUUGGAAACAUUUUUGUCAUCUGCAUGCGACCUUAUAUCCGGUCUGAGAACAAGCUACAUGCCAUGUCAAUCAUGUCUCUCUGCUGUGCCGACUGCCUCAUGGGGGUGUACUUAUUUGUCAUCGGAGCCUUGGACCUCAAGUUCCGCGGGGAGUACAACAGGCACGCUCAGCUGUGGACCCGCAGCAUGAACUGUCAGCUUAUGGGUUCUCUGGCCAUCCUGUCCACAGAGGUUUCAGUUCUCCUUUUGACAUUUCUGACUUUGGAAAAAUAUGUCUGCAUCGUGUAUCCUUUUAGGUGUUUAAGACCUCGGAGAGGCAGGACAAUUACAGUACUGACUCUCAUCUGGAUUGUCGGCUUUCUAGUGGCUUUCAUUCCACUCAGCAGUAGGGAAGUUUUCAGAAACUACUAUGGGACCAAUGGAGUCUGUUUUCCUCUUCAUUCAGAAGAUACAGAGAGUACUGGGGCCCGGAUUUAUUCUGUGGCAAUUUUUCUUGGUGUUAACUUAGCAGCAUUUGUGGUCAUUGUGUUUUCCUACGGGAGCAUGUUCUACAGUGUUCAUCGGAGCACGGGAACAGCAACUGAAAUACGGAAUCAUGUUAAGAAAGAGAUGAUCCUUGCCAAGCGAUUUUUCUUUAUUGUAUUUACCGAUGCGUUAUGCUGGAUACCCAUUUUUGUACUAAAAUUUCUUUCACUGCUUCAGGUAGAAAUACCAGGUACAAUAACCUCUUGGGUAGUGAUUUUUAUUCUGCCUAUCAACAGUGCUUUGAACCCAAUUCUUUAUACACUGACCACAAGGCCAUUCAAAGAAACAGUUCACCAGUUUUGGUACAACUACAGACAAAGAAGGUCUAUUGACAGCAAAGGAAGCCAGAAAACAUACCUGCCCUCAUUCAUCUGGGUGGAGACGUGGCCACUGCAGGAGAUGCCCCCCGAGUUUAUGAAGCCGGCUGCUUUCACAGACUCCUGUGAAAUGUCACUGAUUUCUCAGUCAACACGACUCAAUUCUUGUUCAUAGCUGACAUGAAAGCCCAUUUCUUCACAGAGAAUGCUGCGGGGUGCUCCAGGAGGGAUUGCUGGACAUGAAAUAAAUACCAUAAAAUUAAUAGAUUAUAAAUUUUAAUGGCUAACACAAAUUAACUCACAGGACAUAAAGGAAAAGAUAGUUAAAGCUUAUAUAAAGGAAAGUAAUUAUAAUGUAUAUAUAUGUAUAUAUUUUGCAUAGGAAAUUAAAAGAAAUCUACUGCA